GGGUUGGGACACAAAUUCGCCAUGCAAAACCGCUCCCGCCAUUCGUGAGGCUCGGUCUUCUCUUGUUUUGGAAGAACGUGAACUUGCGGCUAUGGUGUCUCACGGGUCUGGCUCGGCUAUGGUGGCCUCGGUCGACGACGCGCCACUCCCCUCGGAUAACUCAAGCUCACGCCGAGGGAAAUCAAAAAAUUCCCGCGGCCAAAAUUCUGGAACUGGCCGUAAGGGGGGCUCGGGCCGCGGCUCAGGCAGCGGCAAAAUCACCGGUGGCCGCGGUAAUUCUGCCCGAAGCAGCGGCGGUCAGCAGCAGUGGACUACCGGCAGUGGCGGUCAGCAGCAGUUUGGCCACUGGCAGUGGGUCCCCCAGCCCCGCUGGGCAGCUCCUCCUCCCUGCCCGUACCCGACAGCCUCUUGGGCUCGUCCGCCGCCAGUCCCGCCACGGCAGCAGGGUAUUUUGGGCCCUCCUCCAGCUCAGCAGCUCUACACGGCGGCGGUGGCUUCUCCCGGGUCGUAUGUUCCAACCGACAUUGAGUCCGCAAUGCACACCAUGACCUUGAACCCGCCCGACCAAAAUUGGUACAUGGACACCGGAGCCACUUCUCAUAUGACAUCCUCGGACGGAUUUUCAGACGGGGAAGCCACUAAUGCGGUGUGAUAGUCGGGGAGAUCUUUAUCCGGUUACCACCAUCAAAUAUCCAACCACCACUCCAUCAAACUUUGUGGCGUUGUCUUCUCCUUUUUGGCAUGCUCGCUUGGGUCAUCCGGGAAAUUCUAUCUUAGAUUGUCUUAGGGUUCGUAAAAGCAUUGAAUGUAAUAAAUCUAGUCUUUCUAGUAUUUGUCGUUCUUGUGUUCUUGGUAAACACAUUAAGUUCUUGUUUGA